AUGCAGUCGGUGCUUUGGGGACACACAGACUGUGUGUACUCACUGCUCAACAAGGGAGCCAGUGUAGAAGCCAAAGACAAGUGGCACAGAACAGCUCUACACAGAAGGGCGGUGACGGGUCAGGAGGAGUGUGUGGAGGACCUGCUGCAACACAGCGCCAGCUUCCUGGUUCGAGAAAGUAAGGGGCGGAUCCCUGUUCCCCUGGCGGCGGCAUCCGGUCACAUCGGGGUGCUAGGGUGGCUCCUACACGCCACCCAGUCAGUGUGGACCCUCCCCGUCAUCACAGACAACCAGGGCUACACGCCACUACACUGGGCCUGCUACAACGGCCAUGACACGUGUGUAGAGGUGCUGAUGGAACAGGAGGUUUUCCACAAGACCGAGGGCAACUCCUUCAGCCCCCUUCACUGUGCUGUGAUCAAUGACAACGUGAAAAUGACCUGGGGUUUGAUGAGGGAUGGUUACACACCUGCCUUGGCCUGCGCCCCCAACAAAGUCGUGGCGGAUUGCCUGGCGCUGAUGAUGCCCGUGUCCCCCUGCACCUUGGCGCCCAGCCUGUCCUUCAAUGCCAUUAACCACUACACAACUAGCCCCUCCAAGAGUGUUACCUUCGACAGCCUGCCCGUGCUGCGCAGCGAGCAGAGUCCAUACUGCAGCUUCAACAACAUUGGCCACCGCGGCCACGACGAAGGCUUCUACAAGGAUGAGGAACUCAACAACUCAGACUCAGAGAGUAUGAGGGUGGUGGUGGUCGCUGCCCAGGAGGGGAGCCAGGGAGAAGGGACAGCAAAGUGA